AUGCGAGUUAGCUUCGGCACCCGGAUCGAGGGUUUCAACCGUAUUCCGUUUCCAUCUCGCGUAAACCCGAUGCGUGUGAGCCGGGAGACGGCCCCGGUGCGCCCAUGCCGGCCCCGGGGUCUCGUCACCAAAGCGGUGGCGGAGGUCGCAGACCCUCCCGCCGGCGAGGCCUCCCCAGAGCCGGAGGCGUACGGCGCACUGGGGCCGCGCUCCUACCCACUGGCGGCGGUGGUGGGCAUGGACCACAUCAAGCAGGCCCUGCUCCUGGGAGCGGCGGACGUGGGCCUGGGCGGCAUCGCCAUCGCCGGGCGGCGCGGCACCGCCAAGUCGGUGAUGGCCAGGGGGGUCCACGCCUUGCUGCCCCCCAUCGAGGUGGUGGAGGGCUCCAUCUGCAAUGCCGACCCCAGUGACCGCGGGGGGUGCAAGCCGCUGCUGAUUGCCACCUACAACCCUGAGGAGGGGACCCUGCGUGAGCACCUGCUGGAUCGCAUCGCCAUCACCCUCUCUGCAGGCGAGCUGGAUGGGGUGACGGCGGGAUGGGUUAAAAAUGUGCCGUUUUCUCUGGAGGACAGGGUCAAAGCGGUGGACGCCGCCUCGAGGUUCCAAGACGCCUCGGCCCCCACUCUGGCAGAGGCCGCGGAGCUCACAGAAUCGCUGCGCACCAACAUUACUUUUGCAAGGGAGUACCUGCCGGACGUCCAGAUCCAGGAGAAGCAGAUCGAGUACCUGGUGGAGGAGGCGCGGCGCGGCGCGGUCAUGGGCCACCGCGCGGAGCUCUUCGCGGUGCGGGUGGCCCGAGUGAGCGCGGCGCUGGAGGGCCGGGAUCGUGUGGACGCCGAUGACCUGCAGAAGGCCGUGCAGCUGGUCAUCCUGCCGCGCGCCCUGAUCAAGGACCGGCCGCCGGAGGAGUUCAUGUUUGAGGCGGAGGGCGUGAUCCUGGACCCGGCCCUCCUGGCGCUGGCCCAGGCGCAGCAGCGCGCGCAGGGCCGGUCCGGGCGCGCCAAGACCCUCAUCUUCAGCGAGGACCGGGGGCGGUACAUCAAGCCCAUGCUGCCCAAGGGCGACAAGCGCACCGACAUGCGGGCCAAGCGCAUGGCGCGCAAGGCCGGCGCGCUGCUGGUCUUUGUGGUCGAUGCAAGCGGAUCCAUGGCUCUCAACCGUAUGGCCGCCGCCAAGGGCGCGGUGAUGCGGCUGCUGUCGGAGUCGUAUGCGUCGCGUGACCAAGUGUGCCUCAUCCCCUUCUAUGGUGACCAGGCCCAGGUCCUGCUCCCGCCGUCCAAGUCCAUCGCCAUGGCCAAGAGGCGGCUGGACUCGCUGCCAUGCGGCGGCGGCUCGCCUCUGGCGCACGGCAUGUCCCUGGCCGUGCGGACCGCCCUGCAGGCCCGGCAGCGGGGGGAGGUGGGCAGGGUGAUGCUGGUGCUCAUCACCGACGGUCGGGCCAACAUCGGGCUGGCGCGGUCCAACGAGGAGCCGGACGCCAUGGGACCGGAUGCUGUCAAGCCUACCACGGAGCAACUGAAGGAGGAGGUGCUGCUGAUGGCGCGGCGUGUGCUGGUCAGCAACCUGCAGAUGCUGCUGAUCGACACCGAGAACAAGUUCGUGUCCACCGGGUUUGCUGAGGAGAUUGCCAAGGCGGCGGGGGCCAAGUACUACUACCUGCCCAAUGCCUCCGACAAGUCCAUUGCGGCGGCCACCACGUCGGCGAUGAACGAGGCCAAGAUCUCGCCCUGA